AUGGCGCCGAAACAGAAGACUAUCGAGCAGCGUUACCAGAAGAAAUCGCAACUGGAACAUAUCCUUCUGAGACCAGAUACCUAUAUCGGUAACACAGAGCUCCUUAGCCAACAGAUGUGGGUCUACAAUACCGAGAGCAAGCGUAUGGUGUAUGAGUCGGUUACGUUCAUACCUGGUUUAUACAAAAUUUUUGAUGAGAUACUCGUUAAUGCUGCCGACGUACAUGCUAGACAACAGUCUGACCCAUCUCUAACUAAAAUGACAUGUAUCAAAGUAAAAUUUAAUAAGGACACUGGAGCUAUCACUGUCUUCAAUGAUGGAGAACCUAUACCGAUACAGAUCCACAAGGAGCACAACGUAUACGUUCCUGAAAUGAUCUUUGGUGAAUUAUUGACAUCCGACAAUUACGAUGAUGAAGAUGGUCGUAUUACAGGAGGUCGUAAUGGAUUUGGUGCAAAAUUAACUAAUAUAUUCUCAAAGAGUUUUUCUGUUACAUGCGGUGAUAGCAAAAGACGUAAACAAUUUGCCAUGAAAUGGGAAGAAAAUAUGAAGAAAAUCGCAUCACCUGCAAAGGUAGCGCCGUAUCAUGGCAAAGACUUUGUAAAGAUAACAUUUAUACCAGAUUAUCAGAGGUUUGGAAUAGAGACUAUGGAUGAUGGUACACUGAAGGUAUUGAUGAAAAGGGUGUAUGAUGUCGCAGGUACAACGGGUCUGAAAGUAUAUUGGAAUGAUGAAAAGCUACCUGUGAGUGAUUUUAAGCAGUACACAUCGCUAUACUUUGAAGAUGAUGUACCAGUAGUCAAAGUCUAUGACAAAGUGCAUAGGUGGGAGGUGAUGGUAUCAGCGACAGACGGGAGCGGUUUCCAACAGGUCUCAUUUGUCAACAACAUCACUACACUCAAAGGCGGUACCCAUGUUCAACACGUCCUCGAUCCUCUGGUAGCAGCACUGACCAGCAAGGUCAAGUCUAAGAACAAAGACGGUGUCGAGCUUAAACCUUACCAAAUACGCAAUUAUAUAUUCCUCUUUGUCAAUUGUCAAAUUGUCAAUCCUACAUUCGAUUCACAAACAAAAGAGACGCUGACUACUAAACCUGCCAAGUUCGGAAGCAAGUAUACCAUGAACCCAAAGGCUUUGGCACAGAUAUUAAAGAGCACGCUUACAGAACGCAUUGUAUCAUUUGCUCAGGGGAGGUUGAAUAUAGAACUAAAAAAGAAAAUGAAGGUUACCAAAGCAGUAAAUCGUCUUACUGGGAUCCCUAAGUUAGAAGAUGCUAACAAGGCAGGUACUCGUCAUGCCCGUGAAUGUACUCUCAUAUUGACAGAGGGAGACUCUGCCAAGACCUCAUGUUUAGCUGGUCUCUCAGUUGUUGGUCGAGACAAUUAUGGUGUGUUUCCACUAAAGGGUAAACUGCUUAACGUUAGAGAUGCUAGUUAUAAGCAGCUGGUUCAAAAUGCGGAAAUACAGAAUAUCCUGAAAAUCAUGGGACUAGAUAUAUCUAAAAAGGAUCAGAUGACCCCUGAUGGUCUUAGAUACGGUUCAAUAAUGAUAAUGACCGAUCAGGAUUAUGACGGCUCACAUAUCAAGGGUUUGCUUAUUAACCUAUUACAUUAUUUUUGGCCUAAAAUAAUCCAAUAUAAAGGUUUUAUCAGAGAGUUUGUGACCCCAAUCAUAAAAGCUACGAAGGGUGAUACGGUUAUAUCGUUUUUUACGAUCCAGGAUUAUGUACAGUGGGUCAAUUCGACCAACGUUGCUGGUUGGCGUAUCAAGUAUUACAAGGGUCUCGGUACGUCUACCGACAAGGAGUUCAAGGAAUAUUUUGUCAACAUCCAUCAGCAUCUUAUAAAUUUUGUCUAUGAGGAUAAUGCUGACGAUGACAGCAUCGAUUUGGCUUUUAACAAGAAGAGGGUAGAUGAUCGUAAAGUAUGGAUGCAAAGUUAUGAACACGGUACAACUGUUGACCAUUCUAUUAAACAGUUGAGGUAUACCGAUUUUAUUAACAAGGAACUGAUCCAAUUUUCCAUAUAUGAUACAGAACGUAGUAUCCCAUCAGUGGUUGACGGUUGGAAACCAGGUCAACGUAAAGUAUUAUUUGGAUGUCUCAAACGCAACUUGGUAGGUGAAUGUAAGGUCGCACAACUUACAGGUUAUGUUGCUGAACAUUCGGCUUACCACCACGGCGAGGCUUCGUUACAACAAACAAUCAUCAAUAUGGCCCAAAACUUUGUCGGUUCAAACAAUAUCAACGUUUUAGAACCGUGUGGUCAGUUUGGUAGUCGUAAGGAGGGUGGUAAAGAUGCAUCUGCCGCACGUUAUAUUUUUACGAAGCUGAACCCAAUUACUAGGCUUAUAUUUGUGGAGGAAGAUGAUAAUAUAUUGCAGUACCAAAACGAAGAGGGCCAAACUAUUGAGCCGCUGUAUUAUAUCCCUACUAUACCCAUGGUACUUGUCAACGGUUCUGAGGGUAUAGGUACGGGUUUUAGCAGCCAAAUACCGAACUACAACCCUUUGGACAUUAUACGCAACUUAAGGAGCUACCUUAGAAACGCUGAAAUGAAACCUAUGGUACCUUGGUAUUACAAAUUUACAGGGCGUAUCGAACCCAAUGAGAAAGGUGGUUUCGAUUGUCUGGGUACGUACCAGUGGUUAGAUGAUAACGGUAUGUUGGAGAUUACCGAGUUACCUGUGCGCAAGUGGACCCACGAUUACAGGGUAUUUUUGGAGAGUCUGGAGCAGGGUGUAAAUGGUAAAGAGCCUCUGUUGCUGGGUUUUAUAGAUAAUUCCACACAUGAGAGCGUUCAUUUCACUGUGAAUGUGAACCCUGAUUACAUAGAGGAGGUUCUUAACGAGGGUGUUGACAAAGUGUUCAAGUUACGUACCAGCAUUGCGACGUCUAACAUGACCCUCUUCGAUAGCCAGAAGAAACUGAAAAAGUAUUCCAACGAAUUGGAAAUUAUAAGGGAGUUUGCUGUUGUGCGUUUGGAAACCUAUGAGAAGAGGCGUAUGUAUUUGAUCGGUAAUUUAAAGCUGAUAUUGAAACGCAUCAGCAACCAGGUGCGUUUUAUACACAUGGUUGUCAACGAGGAGUUGGUACUGUUUAAUAAGAAGAAGGCUGUGUUAGUUGCCGAGCUGCGUGAGCUUAACUUUGACCCGCAUUCUGAAAUUAUGAAGACGAACGAAGGUUAUGGUACGGAUAUUCCAGUUAUACCCAAUGAACCUAUUAGUCCGACCGUUAGUACGAAGAAGCCAUCUACAUUGGAUGCGCAGAUAUCCGAUUACAACUAUCUGUUAAACAUGCCUUUGUGGUCACUUACGCUAGAACAGGUGCAGAAACUUAACGAAGAGCAUUUGCAGAAACAGAUGCAACUGCAAACGUUGAUCGACACUACCGCUACAGAUAUGUGGAUGGAGGAUUUAGACCGACUAGAGAGUGCCAUAAAUACAACGUAUCAGCAUCAGGAAACUGUGAUCCCUACCCCGUCUAAUGCUGCUCUUUUACAGCUGAGUAAGCGUAAACGUAAAGGUGCUCAGGCGUCAAAGACCGGUGCGACUCCCAAGGUAUCUCAGAGUCCAAUGGUUACUCCAGGUGCGUCAUCUAAUAGGUCCGCUAAACGUGUAAAGGCCAAGGCUUCAACCGCGGAUUCUGGUGAAAGUGAUGAUAGCAUCUCGGUAGUUUCCGACAGUUACACCGAUGAAGAAGAGGAUAGUACACCAGAAUUGUCUUCUCAGAAGCUUGGUCGUCCAACUAAAAGGCAGUUGUCAAUUGCUGCAGCCUUUGCAAAUGUGUCCAAGGCUGCUGGCCAACCUUUAGAGAAUAAACAGCAAAGCGUUAGUGUGACACAAUCCGUGUAUCCUGUUAGUGAGGAUAUUAAUAUGCAUGGUGUAACUGAGCUUCCUGUUGGCAACAGUGGUAUCGUUUCGGGAACUCAAGGGCAAUCCAAUGCCACUCCAGAGUCCAGGUCUUUAUACCGUGGUGAUUGUGAUGACUGGUCUAUUUUGGACGAUAUGUCGUUGUCACAAGAUGCUCUGGGUGCGGAUGAUAUAGAGCGAUUGGUUGAGGCAUCUCGGCGUAAAAAUCAGGCAUCUGCGCAGGGUAAACGGCAAAGCAAUUUGGGUACAACACCGCAGCGUACUUCUGCGACACCCAAAUCUAGCACUUCAUCCGUGCCGAGUAGGGGCCGUAAAACACCACAAAAGCGUGGUCCUAGGAGCAACCGAACCGAUGAUUCGAGUGACGAAGAUGACCUAUCGGAAGACUACGUGCCGACGCAAUCACGCCGUGCAACAGUGGAUAGUACUGGUUCAAGGAGGGGUAAAAACUCUAAAUCAGAGAAAGAUAGUGUAUCACGAGUAGAUAUCACGACUCCCUCAACUUCUGCAGUGGCUCCGUCAUCUACAACUAAGCUUAGUGAUGAUUCUACUGGUGGAGUGGAUCCUGGUUCCGUACAAAAAGGGAUCCAGUUAGAUUCAGCGAAGCAGGUUGAGUCCGUUGUGAGUAAUGAGCCUUUUACGGCGUUAGAAAGGGCUGGACUAAGUAAGUUCAGUGUCGGCCUUGCAGAGCGGUUGCGUAAAAUGUCGCAACAGCCUCCACACAGCUAG